UUCUGCAUGAUUGUGAAAUGUGAAAUAAAAAAAUACAUACAUUUUUUAAAUUUAUUAUUACCUAUUACAAAAUAAGAAGCUGCAGGUAUACUUUUAAGAAUAUUAUUUAGUAAUCCCCUUGUAAUAAUACCAAAAUGGGUGAGCGUAAGGGACAAAACCUAUACUAUCCCCCUGACUAUGAUCCUAAAGUUGGGGGGUUAAACAAAUUCCAAGGGACUCAUGCCCUCCGGGAAAGAGCCAGGAAACUCCACAUGGGUAUCUUAAUUAUAAGAUUUGAGAUGCCAUACAACAUAUGGUGCGAUGGCUGUCAAAACCAUAUUGGAAUGGGUGUUCGUUAUAAUGCUGAGAAGAAGAAAAUUGGAAUGUACUACAGUACUCCCGUUUAUCAAUUUAGAAUGAAAUGCCACUUGUGUGACAAUCACUUUGAAAUCAAGACUGAUCCUGGAAAUUUAGACUAUGUUAUAGUUUCUGGAGCAAGACGUCAAGAAAAUCGCUGGGAUCCAACUGAUAAUGGCCAAAUUGUUCCUGAAACAAAAGAAACGCAGAAGCGGCUAUUUGAUGAUGCUAUGUUCAAGUUGGAACAUAAAACUGGUGAUGUGGAUCUCAGUAAAUUGGAUAAGCCAAGGCUUGGAAAACUUGUUGGUAGAAAUGAAACCGUUUGGAAAGAUGAUUAUGAAGCUAAUUGCUCUUUGCGUAGGAUUUUUAGGAAAAGAAGGAAGGAACUAGAAGAAUCAGCAAUUAGUGAUGGUCUACUUCUAAAUAAAUCAUCACUUGACAUUAAUUUACUACCAGAAAAUGAGGAAGAUAGAAAUCUUGCAUCACUGCUUGCUCUACGACCAUCCCGGAGUAUCGAAGAGAGUCACAAAAAUGUACGGAAUAAGAUCUUGAAUAGUCCAGCAUUACCCAGCUCUAGUGGACUUAUAACAAGCUUUGGAGGAUUAAAAAAAGAAGAAUCGCUUAGCAAAAAUUCUUCACUUACGAGAAAUAUCCUAGGUAUCACUGUCAAGAGAAAUAAGGAAGGUACUACAGAUUUGUGUUCUACAGAGAAGAAAGCUGAUGAAAAUACUAAGGAGGAUAUUAAAUUAUCAGAUAAAUGUAAAAAUAAGGUAGUUAAUAGUAAUAAUAAUAGAGAAAUGUUAAAAGAGAAUAGAACAAUAUCUUUAGUAGGGGAUUACGGAUCUAGCGGAGAAAGUUCAGAUGGAUAAUAGUAAUAAUAAAUAGUUAAUAUUAUGUAAUUACCAGAAAAAUGUAACUUAACCUAUUGCUGAUACUGUCCUGUUUAAGAAAAGAAAAAUAUGCAAAUCAAAAUGAAAAAAAAUCCAGCUUGAUACUUAGAUUGACAACAAUUUGAUCCUGUGGGAGGCCAUCACUACUGUCGAUAUUUGCGGGAAGAAUAACACUCGGAGUCCACAUUUGUAAUGUCUGUAUUUUCUAAUUUCUUAACUAUUUAUACAACUUAUGUGCUACAUGAUUACUGGAUAAAAUAUGUACACCAAUUAAAAACUAAGUUUGUCGGACCAAUCCGGAAGAGACACUAAUUAAUAGUUAAUUAUAAUGAGAGUGAGUGAGAGGUGAUUUCCUCUGUCACACAUUCUUGCGCGUUCCGCACGAUAUGCUGUUUAUGACCUCCGAUAAUCCUAUAAGAGUUCUAUUUUAAUCUGGUAGUGAGGAACCCUAAAAAUUAUCCCACAAAAACCUAAUUACUGGUUGAUUGUUAUAAAUAUAUGCAAUAAACUAACCUACACUUACUUCCCAGCUACAGUCUAGAUAUUAAAAAAUUGACUCAAAGUAUUUUGCUUGUACAAAAUGUUGUGUACAUAUAUUUUUUACAGGAUGUUUUAAAAUUAUAUGUUACGUGCUUUUUCUGAUAAUUACAAAAUAACCAUGUAUAAUGGAGAAGUGAUAAGUAUUUAUCUUAUGAAAC